AAACUUUUUCAGUAAAAGGACAAAGGAACUCAAGCCUGCUGUCCAAAGCGCUCCUGGUUGGAAGUUGUUUGGAAAAGUCCCACCCAGGGAAAACCUUCCGAAAGACUCCAAAAUUAUUCAGCAGGAAUAUGAAGCACGGACAGGAAGAAUGUAUAAACCUCAACCCCCAGCAGCAAGACGUAAAAAUAUUGAAUUUGAGCCACUUUCAACUACUGCUUUGAUUCUGGAGGAUCGACCAGCAAAUCUUCCUGCCAAAUCAAUGGAGGAGGCUCUACGUCACCGACAAGAGUAUGAUGAGAUGGUGGCAGAGGCAAAGAAACGAGAAAUUAAAGAAGCACAUAAAAGGAAAAAAAUAAUGAGAGAGCGUUUCAAGCAAGAAGAGAAUAUCGCUAGUGCUAUGGUGAUUUGGGUCAAUGAAAUACUACCUAACUGGGAAGGCAUGCGAGCUACCCGGAGAGUUCGAGAGCUGUGGUGGCAGGGAUUGCCUCCAAGUGUACGUGGGAAGGUUUGGAGUCUAGCUGUGGGAAAUGAAUUAAAUAUCACUCCUGAACUUUAUGAAAUCUUCUUGUCGAGAGCUAAGGAACGAUGGAAAAGCUUCAGUGAGACAAGUUCUGAGAAUGACACAGAAGAUGCAGGUGCAUCUGUUGCUGAUCGUGAGGCCAGUCUGGAGCUAAUUAAGUUGGAUAUAUCACGCACAUUUCCAUCCCUGUAUAUUUUCCAGAAGGGUGGUCCUUAUCAUGAUCUCCUGCACAGUGUUUUAGGAGCAUAUACAUGUUACAGACCAGAUGUGGGAUAUGUACAAGGGAUGUCCUUCAUUGCUGCUGUGCUCAUUCUCAAUCUGGAAGAGGCAGAUGCUUUCAUUGCCUUUGCUAACCUUCUAAACAAGCCAUGCCAGCUGGCCUUUUUCCGUGUGGAUCACAGCAUGAUGCUGAAAUACUUUGCAGCCUUUGAAGUAUUUUUUGAAGAAAAUCUUCCCAAAUUGUUUCUUCAUUUCAAAUCAUACAGUCUUACUCCAGACAUAUAUUUGAUAGACUGGAUUUUUACACUCUACAGCAAGUCAUUACCACUUGAUCUGGCCUGUCGUGUCUGGGAUGUUUUCUGCAGAGAUGGAGAAGAAUUUUUGUUUAGGACAGGAUUAGGGAUCCUUCGGUUAUAUGAAGAUAUUCUUCUACAGAUGGACUUUAUUCAUAUAGCACAGUUUCUAACAAAACUUCCAGAAGAUAUUACAUCAGAAAAGCUUUUUAGUUGUAUUGCAGCUAUUCAGAUGCAGAAUAGUAACAAAAAAUGGGCACAGGUGUUUGCCUCACUGAUGAAGGACAACAAAGAAGGGGACAAGAACCAUAGCCCAGCACAGAAGAGCUAAUCCUCAUGACAUUGAGGUCAAUUGAAAAUGUGGAAAACCACUU